AACAUGCAUAGAUUUAUUUUAGAAGCAGAAUGGGUUCGUAUAGUUACUGUGCUAGUAGUAAGCAGCUAGUAUCUUGGUACAGUGGUUCUACUAACCUGGAGCUGGAUGCAAACCUAGAACCUACUGCAGCUGAUCAUGGAGAUGUUCUUUAUAAUAUAGGAAAAUCUGAGACGGUGGGACGGUUUAUGGUCGCUGCCCGGGAUAUAUCCCCUGGAGAGGUCAUCUUCACGGACCAGCCUGCGGUCAUCGGACCGGACAAUAGUGCACUACCUAUGUGCCUAGUUUGUUGGAGGAAAAUAAUGAGCUACUACACAUGUCCGGGUUGUGGCUGGCCACUGUGCGGUGAGAAGUGUCGGGACACAAAAUCUCAUCAACGGGAGUGCUCAUUCUUCCAGGAGCGUGGAAAAAAGGUUGAAAUUAGUGGAUUUGGAAAGCCUAACAGAAUAUACGAUGCUGUGCUGCCCCUUCGUAUUCUUCUCCUCAAACUGUCAGAUCCGAGGGUAUAUCGGCUAGUCUGUUUAUUAAUGGAUCAUCACGAAGACCAAUCAAAUUCUCAAAAGAAACGAUUCCAGGUGAUAUCAGACCUGAUCAGAAAUUCCUGGGGGUUUAACAGAGAUUUUUCUAACUCCGAGGUUAAGCACGUUCUUGGAAUACUGUCGGUCAACUCCUUUGUAGUUCACGACGGAGCAGAGGACGGGAUGGAUCUCAUUGGAUUAUAUCCAUGGACUAGUUUGAUGUCUCACGCUUGUAUUCCAAACGUUAAAAUUAUUACCAGGGAUGAUUUCUCGUAUGUUUGUGAGGCGACUGUACCUAUAGCUGCAGGAUCGGAGAUUGUAACCUCAUAUCAUCAUUAUUACUUCCAUCUCUUUGGUACAAUGUACAGAAGGGGGGAUAUCAACAACACCUGGAGUUUUGACUGCGUCUGCUCAAGGUGCAAGGAUAGUACUGAGCAAGGAACCUUUGUAUCUGGGGUUAACUGUGAUGCUUGCAAAUAUUCUUACCUCCUUCCUACCCAACCCCUGCAGUACAAUUCAGACUGGUCUUGCUUAGACUGCAACCAUACACUGCCAGGCCAGGUUAUCUCUGAAAGAUUGGAUAAGCUAGAACUUGAGAUUGAAAGCGUGCCCAAGAACGAACCUGAGAGAUUGGAAAACCUUCUCAGGAGAAUGAGAUAUGUUCUCCACGAAAAUCAUUAUUUGAUAACUGACACGAAGAGAAAGCUGAUAGAUAUUUACGGACACAAACCCGGCUUUGAAUUGGAAAAGUUGAGCAAGGAGAUUUUGGAGAAAAAAAUAGAUUACUGUGAUCACCUUUUAUCUUUAGCUUCUCGUCUCUCUCCUGGACAGUCUGAGAUGAAAGGGUAUUUACUAUGGGAGAGGCAUGGGUGUACUCUGAGGCUGGCGCAAUGGGACUGGAUCAGAAUGAAGUGUACCACAAUCCAGUACGUAAACAGUCUACAAGCAGUGUGUGCCUCGCUGCGUGAGAUUAUCUCUAUUCUCGGCCCUAUUCGCGUAGACUCGGUUGAGGGAGGGAACGGAGUGAAGGUAGGAGAAGAAGACGACCUUUAUCUUCAUCUUCACUUCGAGGGGAGGAAGGGGGAGAAACCCUUCGCUGUUCAGUGCUCGGCUAAGCAUGCGUUAGAGGAGAUUGAAAAACAGCUGGAGACUUUAGAAAAACAGACUCUAUACAGAGAUACUGCAAUUACACUCAGGCAAAGUCGGACUGAGACCAGAUUCAACAGAAGAUCAAUUGCUUUAUAGAGGACUAGCUCAAGUACCUAAUAUUACCCGAACCAGGAGUGCAGAACUAGCUGGAGUACUAUUAAAGAAAUCAAAAGUACAGACCUAGGUGGAGUAAUAUUAAAGAAACCUGGAGUA